CAUCACAGGAGUUUGAAAUUCUAUCAAUAAAAUUAAACUUAUGGCUAAAUAAAAAAAUACCCCUAUAUAGUAUUAAGACUAUUUUUUUUAUUUGGCCAUUAGAUUAGCUUUAUGGAUAGAAUUUCAAACUCCUGUGGUAUAGAGGAUUACAACAGAUAUUUUGUAAAAGUCAACAAAUAUGAUUCUUGGCCUAGACAAACGCUGGUUGUGUACAAAUGUGAGAGGGACAUAGAACAUAGACGGACAUUUCAACAAAGGCCAGAUACCAUGGUCAGUUAUCAGGAAUGAGAAUGAUUGCCAUGCGGAGACAUAUCUCUUGAAUUCAAUGAGGGAGAAAUUGAAAACCUAUCAUUCAUACAGAUAUGAAAACUUCCAAAAUCAACACGACGAAUUCAAGAAAAAUCUGCACACAGAAAGGAACAGACAGCCUGUGGGUUACUUUUUUCUCCACGUGUAUCUGAGUUAUUCCCCCUGUGGGAAGUGCGCAGGUCAGCUGAUAAACUUCGCCAGAGAGUUCCAUGGUCAGUUAGACGUCAAGAUCAACAUUUCCUUCAGCACUUUUUACAAGCACAACAAGCCAUCCAUCUGGGCCGGUCUGCUAGGACUUAGCAAUAACGCCAAAGGCGAACUCAGAAAUGAGAACAGAAUUUGCAUGCCCAUACUAAAUGGCGAAGAAAGUUGUGAGAAGUUCUUUCAAGAUAUCGAGGUCAAAGGAACUGUAACAUUAUCGAAGUGGAGGUACAUGGCGACAACAGACGAGAGACAAGAAAGAGAGGCAGAAGACAACAAAAUUUUCAGGAUGCUUGAAGGGUCCAAACAAUACGUGGGUAAAGUGCCUCCGGGAUAUUGUUAUAAAUUCUUCAAUGAUUUCGAUACUCACACUCACACACCAUGUCCCUAUGGCUAUAAACACCAGUGUUUGAAGUGUGAUAAUAUCCAUGACUUGCCAUACAUGUGCGAUAAGUUUGUAUGAUCCUUGUUCUUAAACAAGAGAGCCAUGGUCACCCGACUUCAAGGUACACCACUGAAUUGUAAUAAGCUAAAUGUUGGCACCUCACACCACACAGCAGAAGCCGCAGUGGCAUUUUUAAUACCAAUAACUUACCAUUAGCACUUCAUGCUCAGGUGAGCUAAAAAGCUAAAAAAUAAUCAGAGACAAUGUUCAGCACUCAAGUUUUAACCCUUUACCACCUAGAUACUUUUGUUCACGCCUUUGUAGUCCCUUAGAAAGUUAAAUUUAGUUAAAGACCUUUCUUACUAAAUUAAAGUUUUCAAGGCUUCAUUUCCAACCCUUAUAUAUGAGCAGCAAACAGCAUAAAAUCUGAACAGACUGUGAGUUAAAAAUGUAUUUCUGAGUGGUCACAAGUUAAAUGAGACAUUCAGCAACAGAGACAAGUGUUAAAAACAACACAUCAUCAACACUAGUGUCUAUUUUAAAAUUGUAAUGAUGAAUGACGACGGCCACAAAAACAUACACUAAACCAACGUGAAAGAUUUAUCAAAAAUUUCAUAUUCAAACCAAGGGAAUUACAGAAAUGAAGUUGCAAGAAAAAUAUAUGUGUUCAACACUUUGUGCUAUUCAGUUAAUUUUUAAAUGAUUUUAGAAACUAAGUGAAUCAUUUCAUUUAUCCCUUUUUGCACUAUAGCAAAGUGAAAAUUGCUUUAUGCGAGUUACUGACAAGCUGUUCUGGUUUUAUGCUGUUUGCAUAUAACCUUUUUCACUUUGCUUCUGAGUGGGAAAGUGUUAAUAGCCAAAUGUACAAACAGGAUUGACAGAGAAAAACUAAUGGUUCGAACAAUGCAAAAGUGUCCCAAACAAAGUCCACCAUAUAGUAUGCAAGUAUUUGAAUAACCCAUGUCCUAAAUUCAGUUUACUUGUUCUUAGGAAAAAUGGCAAACGUUUGUGUUUAUGAAAUUAUUUUAUCAUAAAAUGGCAACAUUUAGCUUUUUAGAAAAUGUGAUAAGAUUGAAUUAUUGAGCAUAUAAAAAGUAUAAAUUGUUUAUCCAAUGAUCGAAACAGUAGGAAUUUCUGUAGUUCUGGCUACCGUAACUGUAAAUGUCGCUUUUUAUGAUUUUUGACUGGUGCGACUUUACAGGUCUGUCAAUACUAUAUAAACUGUUUGCUGAAGUUUCUUUAACUAGAAUUUCUGCAACUAUAUGCAUUAAAAAAUUUUUCACAAGGUUUUGAAUAGGAAAUAUAUGUUACGCUAUAUUUGAGAACAUGCAAGUUAUUACAUGCAUUGUCAUAUGUGAUUUGUUGUAAUGGUACUACAGUAGAUUCCGCUUAAUUGAAUAGCCCAUUUGUCACGUCCGAAUAUUCAAUUAUCCUGAGUAUUCAAUUAUACGGAAUCAGUUAUAUUUCCAAUGUUAUCACUGUUUAUCAUAUACAUGUGUGUAUGUAUAUAAUUGUUUUACCUAUUUCAAAGCUAUUUUGUUAAAUACAUUGCUAAAUAAACUUGUUUUAUUCAAUAAACGCAUAGAAAAGCGCA